AUGAAUCCUAUGGAAAAGCGGCUUGCCAAAACCACGUCAAAGAUCAAUGCCAUCAGAGCUGAACUGAUCCGGCACAAAAGAAUACCACUUAUCUAUGAAGAGAACCUUGAAGAAGGUUUAAGCAUCACAUUCAGCUUCCCAAAGCGCCUGAAACGCCGCGCUGGAGUGCGGCAAAAUGACCGCGACUACAAACUACGUUCAAACCAAAAGAGAGCCAAUCUGGUGUAUCUGAGAAUCCUUGAUGAGAUACCUCAGAUCUAUAUUUCCUUUAUCCUAGCUGUCUCUCCACAAGAUUGUGCGCCUCUUGACAUCACACUCUUGGUGCAGCAAUACAGCUCGCAAAACCUACAGCCGGAAGCGAUACAAUUCGAUGCAGGUACCGAAAGAAUCAUCAAAGAGAUAUCAACGAAACAUAACUGUGAUCGCAAUCCUCAUUACCAGAAACUUCUGAAUAUUUUAUACCCACAAGUUGUCACCCCGAAGCCCAUCAGCGCUGCAGAAAGCGGUAACAAGUUCUUACUCGAAGGGCUCAACCCGGUUGCAAUCCACGACCAUUUUGGAGACCGUGUGCACGAAGCAUUUAACAAAGGUCCAGGACGGUUGCAGGAGAAAGCAACCGAAAAAACGAGAUGUGCUUGGAUAGAGUUCGCCCAGAACGGUGUCGAUGACAGCAUUUUCUACCUUGAGAUUGGAAAUGCGGAGCAAUUUGCCUACAUCUUGUUUGCUAAUGCCAUACGAUUCCUCCCCAAAGAACAUACAGAUGGGCAGCCAGGAGAUAAUGCUUAUUUUUCCUUCAAAGGAGCCAGCGUCUCAGGUAUCGCCUCGUUAUUCUCCCCCGAAAUUUGUGCAAUGAUUGACGCCAGUAAUCUCCGAGCUUGGGAGAAAGAGCAUUGCCUUUUGGAUACAACUGACUGUGUCACGAUGGAGAUGUCCCGCGCAAAACCACAUUGGGGAGUAAUCAAGGUGCGCACUGCGGUCUUCGCAGCUUAUUCAGUGUCUCAUAUGCUUUGCGAAUAG